AUGAGUUUCAAUGUGCCGUCCAGGCGGCUCCUGAAGAGCGCAGCCUCCCCCUCCUCCGCCAACGCCCUCGUCCCGGCUCUCCAGUCCCUCUCGAUCGCCAACACUACAACUAGAUCUAUCCACACCACGCCAUCCCAACAAUGGAGUCUCUUCGGCUGGGGCAAGCAGAAGAUGGAGGAGCGUAACAAGGCCAAGGAGGAGCUCAAGCAGACCGAGGCCGCCCGCACCUCCAAACGUCCUACGCAGGAGGAGAUCGUCGCGCGCGUGCGCGGCCGUCUCGAAGGCGACUCCAUCUUCGCCGACACCACGCCUUCGUCAGAAGCAGCCGACCACCUCGCCGCCGAGCAAGGGAAGCACAAGGACUGGGCCCUCGCCAAGGCGGAGAAGAAGCUUGCCGCGGCGCACGGCGGCAAGGGCAAGGUCGAGGAGACCACGGCGACGGGCAUCUCGCUGAUCAAGGACCACAUGGUGCGCGCGGUCGACCCGGACCCGCGCUCGCGCGUGCGCUGGGAGCGCAAGAUGGUGAUCCGCAAGCUGCAGCGCGGCACGGACCCGUGGAGCGUCGAGCCCAAGACGGAGCGCAUCGCGCGCACCGAGCGCAAGCUGGUGUUCAAGACCAACCUGCUGCCGACCUCGGUCAAGAAGCUGGUGCACCUAUCGCGCCAGAUCCGCGGCAAGACCGUGUCCGAGGCCCUGGUGCAGAUGCAGUUCAGCAAGAAGAAGAUGGCCAAGGAAGUCAAGACGGAGCUGCUCCGCGCCGAGGCGCAGGCCAUUGUCAUGCGCGGUAUGGGCUUGGGCAAGGCUGCCGCUGCUACCAAGAAGAAGGACGCCGCCGAAGCUCAGGAGCCCGUCAAGAUCCAGACCAAGGACGGCAAGCACAUGGAGAUCCGCGACCCGACCCGCAUCUAUGUUGCCGAGACUUUCGUCAACAAGGGCCCCAUCAGAGGUGCUGAGAUCGAUUAUCGUGCCAGAGGCAGGGUGUUCAAGAUGGACAAGCCUACUACUUCCAUGACUGUCGUCCUCAAGGAAGAAAAGACGCGCAUCCGCGAGCACCAAGAGCGCGUCGCCAAGAAGCUCCGCCAAGGUCCCUGGGUUCACUUGCCCGACCGUCCCGUUACUUCCCAGCGCCAGUUUUACUCUUGGUAA